CAGGUGAAACCCACACUGGACAAGCACGUUUCUUACUUACAGUCACGAGCGAUUCACUGGAUGAACUUUUGUUCUGCUACCCUCAGUUUUAUUUCAAUAUCUGAUUCAUUGUAACACCGUAGCUUUGUUCCAAAUGUCAAAAAUGAGCAACCUAAAAGCAAAACCAGAAUUUGUGUGCACUCUGCCAAAAAGUGCACUGGACAAGCUUAUUCAGGUUAGGAAAGCCUUCCAAAACACUCUCUCUGAAAAUCAACUUUUAAAAGAGGGUACAAAGACAGCCAGACAGCAAAUCAAACAGCUGAUGGCCCAAAUUUCACUGGUGCGUGCCAAGCUGGACCAGUAUGAGAUCCAAGCUGGAAAACUCACUGAUGAAUCAGUGUCACGCAAAGUGGAAAUGAGCAGCGCCACCAAAGAAAAAGGGGAUCAGACUUACUCAGGUCAGACCAGAAACUUUGAAGUUGAGAUGAAGCGUCUGAAACAGCAGCUUCAGCAGAGGGACAGCGAAAUCCUGAUCCUCAAACAGGAGAAGGACAGUCUGUCUGCCGAAUUUGCACAGCUUCAGACACACGAGAAACCAACAUUUGUGUGCACUCUGCCAAAGAGUACACUGGACGACCUUAUUCAGGUUAGAAAAGCCUUCCUAAAAGCUCUGUCUGAAAAUAAACUUUUAAAAGAGGAUUCAAAGACAGCCAGACAGCAAGUCAAACAGCUGAUGGCACAAAUUUCAAUGAUGCGUACCAAGCUGGACCAAUAUAAGAUCCAAGCUGGAGAAGAAAGAGAGGAUCAGACUUGUUCAGAUCAGGCAAAGAUCAUAACCUUUGACCUUGAGAUGAACUGUCUGAAAGAGCAGCUUCGGCAGAGGGACAGUGAAAUCCUGAUCCUGAAACAGGGGAAGGAAAGUCUGUCUGCUGAGCUCGCACAGCUUCAGAAACACGAGGUCUCUCUGAAAGAAACUCUGUGGAAUGAGAAAACACACAGAGAGAAUCUGGAGCAGGAGAAGAAAGUCCAGCAGGAAGAAAAUAAAGUCCUGGAAGAGCAGAAAGUGGUGAAGGACACAGAAGACAUGCAGAAAAAAACGGACGAGCAGACCAAAGAAUUAGCGGAGGCAAAGACAGAGGCAGUAGAGACGGCAACCCCAGAGUCGUCCUCAUCAAAGGCUGAAAUAUCAACACUGGAGAAAACACAGAAAAUGGAGGAAAAGUUGUGUGUCAACAGACUGAUCCAGUUGGUGGUUUCUCAGGCCAUAGAAAAAGUCUCCACUAAAUACAAGCUCUUCACAGAGCGCCUCACUCCUGACUGCAUCAGCGAUCGCCUGAUUCAGAAAAUCUGGCCUGAAAUCGAGCUGAAACAUUUGGAUCUGUCCCCAAAAGGGCUGAAAAAUCUUGACAAGGCCAUUCUCAAGGAUCUAUGCAUAGCACACAGCUGCAAGGACAAACAUUUGAUUAUGAAGCUGAGGGAACAGCUUGAUAAUAUUACUGUCCCAGCCUUCACCAAAAAGCUGCUGUCAUUACCAAGAAGAGUCCUCAGUGUCUCUAAACACAGAGAAGAGUACAAGGAUGUGGUGAAAAACAUCACUCAAGCUCUGGUAAUGCACGCUAUGAGCCAAGAAAAUGAGACGACAACAUGGCGUCCAGGAACAUCAGAUUUUAUUAUACAGAGGCUUUCCCAUAAGAUCUGGAACAAAAUUCUGUCCAAACACUACAAAAUGUCCUUGGAGAACAUUGAACAACUCGCCCUGUCAGUAUACAACGAACUCCAUGACAGGUGGGAUUCUCCAGGACUCUUAAUGAAGUCAAGCAACCCAGUGGUUGACGAAGCAAUCGUCAAAACCUUCAAAAACACGCCAAACUGA